UAUUACGAAAGUGACAUUUUAAUAAUUAAGUGAAUCAGACGAAAUUUUAACAUCGGUGACAUUCUUAACCAGAUAAAAAUGUUUCAAUAAUAAAAGUGACAUCUUAACAAUUUUAAAAAUAUUAGUUGAUAAUGUGUACAAAAUACACCAAAUACCACCCAAAAUAACAACAUCGUUGACUCUUCGAACCUAAUAAUAAUACUACGUGAUAUAUAAACUCCCAUAUAGAGAUAAUACUUUAAUAAUACAUGCAGUACACAUAUACAACAAAUUAUGUGAGCUACACACCCACAUGGGUCGUGAUAUAUUUGUACCUGCGAUGAUUAACCCAACGAAUACCCACAACCCAUGUUCCAUGAUAAACUAACUUUCGAUAAGAACAAAAAGAACGAGCUGCACACACAUGCCUAGGUCGGAUUCAUCUUAAUAAGACUAUAAGAGUACCUAGCGGAUGCACCAGAAUCUCCCAUUAAAGUGUAUAGAUACCUGCGUUCAACCUCUGCAAAAUAUCCAAAGAGUUCAAACGAGCUAUUACUACUAUAUACCUCUUUCAUACGUUGGUUAUAUACAUAUAUACAAAAAUUCAACUGAGCGUUAUACUAAAUACCGAGCUUCGAAAACACUCCAAAAACCUUCCCCUUCGUGAGAGGAAUCCAAGGGUGAAAGAAUCGUAGAAAACGGUCGUGAAGCGAGAGAGAUAUCACUUGCCGGAGUUUCACCAGGCUAACCGCAACGACGGAAAACGGAAAAGGAGGUGCUGCCGCCGCCGCCAAUCCAUUCCCGACCAUCGCCGUCCCAGAAGGAUCCCGCUACCACCUCCGUUUCACGCAUCCGUCAAGGUGAAUAUUUAGAGACCGGAUUUGAGAAAGAGAAUUAGGAGCAUCAGGACUUAAGAUGGUCCGGAUUCGGCGAAGAUCUUCAUUCAAGUGCUCAUUGAGGAAUAAUUCAGACCCAUGUUGCAUAGGCUAGGUGCCUUGAGGCCUCGAUGGUAGCAUUCGAGAAUGAAAAUGAGAUGCUAAAAAUUGAAGUGCUGAUCUUGAAGAAAGCAAUAACACCGAGUCCUCGCGAGGGCAUUGAAGCUAGUUCUUUGAAGAUCAAAGUGUGGAGCCCAAGUGUUUGGUGGAUCCAGGAAUGCUAAGGAGUUGCAUAAAUUCUUAUGAGACAUAGAAGAUUACUUUAAUGCGGUUAAAAUUCCAUAUGAGGAAAACAUUUCUCCUAUAUAUUCGGUCGGGGGUGUCAAGCUAUGGUGGCAUGGUAGAAUGACAAAUGACAUCGUUUCGGGAAGACCUGGUAUUGAGUGUGGGAUGGACUCAAGAGAGAAUUGCAGACGCGAUUCCUUCCUCACAAUGUUUCAUGGAUGACCCGAGAGUCAUUGAAUAAAUUGAAGCAUAAUGGGUCAAUACGAGAGUAUGUGAAGGAGUUUUUGUCUCUCAUGUUUGAUAUUUAUAAUAUGAGUGAUGAUGACAAAUUCUUCAACUUCAUGUCAGGAUUGCAACCAUGGAUAUAGGCCGAGUUGAGAAGACUAGUUGUGAAAGACUUGCCCACGGCCACAGUCGAGGUUCCUCGUAUUUAAAAAGUCAUAUUGACUUCAAGGCGAUGGUUCCUCAAGGAAAGAAAGGUGAUCCAGGCAAGAAGGACAAUGGCGGAAAAGUCAAGGCCGGUGGGAAGGACAAAAAGAAAAAAGGAGGGAUGAAGACCCCUUCUGAAGGGGAAGAGAUGGAUAAGACGCAGUGGGGUUGUUGGACAUGUGGUGGUGACCACUUCCAGCGUGAUUGUUCAAGGCCCCUAAGACUAAAGCCAUGGUUGACGAAGAGACCCAAGAUAAUGUGGCUGAUUCAGUACAUUGUAGCCCUAUACAACUAUUGACGAUUAUCAUGGAAAACCACAAUGGGUUGUGAACCGGAGUUUGAUGUACGUGGAAGUACCGAUCAAUGGUGUUAAAAUCUUGGCGAUGGUUGGCACUGGUGCUAGUAAUAAAUUUUUGGCAGAAUGUCUUGUUGCCAUGUUACGACUACAAUUGGAGGAAAACUCAUCUAAGAUGAAGACGAUGAAUUCUGUCGCUAGAGAUGUUACUGUUUGGGCUGAUGUUUCUCUCAAAGUUGGUGAUUGAAAAGGAAUUUGUAGCCCAACUGUCUUGCCCUUGAAUGACUUUAACGUGAUCCUAGGGAAUGCGUUUCCCCUAGCCGCUAAGACAAUAGUGUUCCCUUAUCUAGGUGGAGUGAUGAUAAACGAUGAAGAAAGAGCAGGUUUCGCAAAGGUCGGUAUACUUGGAUCGCCUUUCUUCCCUUGAGGAACCAUCACCUUGAAGUCAGCAUGACUUUUUGCUCUGACUCUGGUCGUGGGCAAGUCUUUUAAAGCUAGUCUUGUCAACUUGGCCCAUGCCCAUGGUUGCAAACUAGAUAUGAAGUUGAAGAGUUUGUCCUCAUCACUCAUAUUUUAAAUAUUAAGCAUGAGAGAUGAAACUCUGUCACAUACUCCUUUAUUGACCCACUAUGCUUCAAUUUAUUCAAUGACUCCGGAGCCAUCCAACAAACAUUGUGAGGAAUUGCAUCUCUAAUUCCCUAUUGAGUCCAUCCCACACUCAAUACCAGGUUUCCCUAAAGCAAUGCUAUCUAUCAUUUUGUCACACCACCAUAGUUUGACAUCCCCAACUAGAUACAUAGGAGAAAUUGAUAUUUUCUCCUUGAAAAUAAUUUAAUGCAAAUAAACACAUUGUAAAGCUGCAAGCUAAAGCUUUUAAAAUUACAUUGAAUACCUUAAUGGAUAUCUGACUCUUUUUCACAUAUUAUCCUCCUUUACAAUCUUGCUAUAAAACUUUAUUACAUAUACCGUUGUGGGGACCCUUGAAGUAUUUUCUCUGUUUUCCACUGAAAUCAAUUUCACUUUCUACUUAAUAGGUGUUUUUAUUUGAAUGCUAUAUUACUUGGUAUCUAAUAACUUUUAAUUUUUUGAUUUUGCCUC